UAUUAAGCCGCCGCCAGUAUCUGGUAUGCACUCGCUCCCAUAACGCGCGUGGGUGUGGCACAAUGCGUACUGCAUGGCGAUGGGCUGUCUUGUGGCUGCUCUCGUGCUUUUCUCCUCCCGCACGUGGGAUUAAUGUGGACGUUAACUUUCCCGAUAUCAUCAACGGUAGCGCAGGGGGCCACUUCGGCUACUCUGUGGCCUUGCAUGGAGAAGGAGCUGGAGGCUUUUCCGCUCUUGUUGGCGCAAUUCGAGCAAACUCGUCCCUGAACCUGUGGAAAACCAUCUACCAGCCCGGGGUGCUGUACAGAUGUCCACUGCUGCAGCAGGGCCGACAAUGCAGCGAAGUGAUAGUUGAUCCCACAGGCAACAAGAAAACUGUUAACAUCCGCGACCGUGAGCUGUCGUACUAUGACCUGAAGGACAACAUGACGCUGGGCAUGACUCUGGAAUCGGUACCAGGAGGCAGUACUGUGGUGUGUGCUCCUCUUUGGAAAAACCAGAACUGGUACCAAGUGUACCUUGCCAAUGGAGUGUGCUACGUUCUCGACAAAGACUUGAAACGGCAGCAGAAACUUGUGCCCCUGGUUAGAAGAGACCUACAGGUUGUACGGCAUGUGUACUACUACUACGCUGCACAGUGUGGAUUUUCCGCAACGUUUACGAAGAAUUCAGGCCUUGUUCUUGGCGCUCCAGGGUUUCGCGACUGGACAGGUUCCAUCGGGACCUAUUCGUCUUCGUUGAACAACUUCGAUCUCUCGUACGCCUUAAAUGCAAAAGUGGAGUCCUACACUGGCUACUCCGUGACGAGCGGUCACUUUUUCGACAACGAGGCCGUGUCAAUAGCUGUUGGAGCGCCCAGAGGAUUUGACUACAAAGGCGAGGUGCACUUGCUCAGCGAAGAUGGGAGGAGGUACAGGGGCAGUCUCGUUGGGUAUCAGAUGGGCGAGUAUUUCGGUGCGUCCCUUCUGGCUGUAACCGUUGGCAAGCGAGCGAGUACACUGGACACCCUCCUGGUUGGAGCUCCGCAGUUCGCGAAAAAAGGCGGUGUUGACGAAGGCAGGGUCUACGUCUACCGCAGCUACAGCAAUAGUCUGGUGCAGGACAGGACACUAGUUGGGAGUCUGGAACCAAUGUCCAGGUUCGGCACUUGCUUGUCCAGCAUUGGAGACAUCAACAUGGAUGGAUACAACGACAUCGCAGUGGGUGCGCCGUAUGAAAAUGGCGUUGGUGCAGUGUACAUCUUUCAUGGAGUAGUAGGGUCCAGGUUUAGGAGAACAUAUGCUCAGCGAAUUUUAGCGAGCGCGAUCACCGCUAGGACAGGAACUCCUCUGAAAGGAUUCGGGAUCAGCAUUUCCAGAGGUUACGACAUAGAUUCCAACAAAUACAACGAUCUCCUUGUCGGUGCCUACCAGUCUGACAAUGUCGUGCUGCUGAGAACACGUCCAGUGAUACGAGCAAAUGCCACGAUCCGAUUGCACAUCGCGAUGAUUAGCGCAGACAUGAGAACAUGUAGCGCACCAGACCAGCAGAAGUUGCCUUGCUUCAACGUCGACGUCUGCCUCACUUACAAUGGACAGUUUGUGACCGACGAACUCGAUUUCGAGACGGAACUGAGUAUCGACACCAAACGCAUGGAACGGAGAUCAGUUCGAGGUUUCUUGUACAAUGGCACUGCACCUGUUAGCGUCCAGAAGAUCAUGAUUAGUGCAACACUGGACCAUAGCGUCUGUUUAACCAAAGUGGUCUACUUACAUGCAGAAUUUGUAGACCCUCUAGACCCUUUUGAUAUCAGCGUCGCUUUUAAGCUGAAGGAGCAGUUGGAAGACCGUUGGUGUCCUACCUGCCCUGUUCUAGAAAGCAGACAUCCGCUACUGGUCACAAAAACGAUUCCUUAUAAACACGGAUGCAGAAAUGAAGAUGUCUGUAGAUCAGACCUCAAGUUGAGUGUCAACAUCAGCAGUUACAACUCGCAAGAUUUUUUCGUCGUGGGUGAGACAGCGACGAUGUCUCUGACGGUGCAAGUGCACAACAAGCGUUCCGGAGACCCCGCCUACGCGGCACAGGUUGUGGUCAACGUCACAUCGUCGGUCGACGUUAUCAAUAAAGGUCAUUGCUACACAGUAGAGAAUGACCGAUUGAAGGUGACGAGGAUAGUAUGCAACGCGGGAAAUCCUCUGAAGCAAGGGGCGAAGGCGACAUUCAAUUUAAAAUUGGAUCUCAGUAAGGUGCUGCAAGCAUUCACGUUGAACGUCUCUGCAGUCUCUACAAGUGAAGAUGUUGACCCGACAGAUAACGUGUUCUCUCGCAGGCUUCCCUUUAUCUAUCAAGCAGAUAUCGCCAUAUUUGGAAACGCUAGACCUGGUAUCGUGGAGUACAACUCUAACACAAAGAAGGUUCCUCUGCAGCACAGUUUUCUGAUCACAAAACUCCACUCCAGUCCGAUUAACGCAGUAGAACUGUCGGUACACGUACCGUAUGUCUUCGGGGUAUCCGAAGCUCCGUUCAGCGCGAUCAAAAGCAUCAAGAUAGCAGUGGGGGAGCUCUACGUUCCUGGUAGCUGCCGUUCCAUAGAAGGCUACUUCACGUGGAAGGAUGAUCCAGUGGCUGAGCCCACAGACACUUCGGAUCCCUCAAAUGGAACUGGUCUAUUGGGUCGUGUGCAGCGGGCCGCGGAACCCGCAACAACGUCCGAUGUACGACAGUCUGCUCUCCGAACUGGAGCGGUUACUGGGAUCAGCUACGCUAAUGUGCCUCCACUGAACUGCCGUACGUCCCUCUGCCAGGAAAUUAAAUGCACGUUGGGCCCGUUUCUGCCAAGGAAAGCUAAGGUCGCGCAGAUCACAUUCAAUAUACUCUUUGACAUGGAGGAGUUCAGGAAACAAGCUGGUUCUUGGUAUGCCUUCAGCGUUGGCACAGAAGGUUCCGUUAAGAUCUUGGACAACGUGACGUUCGUCAAGACCGGCGACCGACCAAAACAGAUCAGGGUGGCAACAGUGAUGCAGAAACAAGGACCCCUUCCGCCUAAGAGGGUAUCCCCCUGGAUACUAGCUGCUAGCGUGUUCGCCGGUCUGAUUGCUUUCGCCUUACUCUUAGGAGGGUUGAUACACUUGGGCUUUUUCCGGCGCCGCAAGUUGGAAGAAAUCGAAAAACUCCGCCUCGCGGAUGAACAGGAAGAGUGGCAAGAUUUCAUGGUGACGGAAGAAGAGGUUAAAGCGGAGAAAGAACUCUUUCGCAAGAGCAUGAUGCUGGGAGUCAAGGACGGAUCCCUGGAGUUCAUCGACGGUUCUUUCACUAGCGCGGAGACAUUAGAUGAAAAAGACGAGCACUCGGCGACGGCUUAGCGAAAGGCUAAAGUUGUUCGACCCUUGAAUGCCCCAACUUGCUGAAUGGGAUUUGUUCACAGACGUCACACCUCUAGAGGGCACCAGCUUCGAAAAGGCCAGACCGCCGUCAUUGCGUACGCACGGCGAAGUUUGGUUUCGGUUUUCGUUCGCUGUCAUAUACUGCGUAGAGGACCCCUAGCGACAAAACAUGAGAAAUACUGAGAUAUGGUACAAAUAAUAUUCACACAAUAGCAGAAAUUAGAUACACCAAAUGAACGGUGAAGGUUGGUGUCUGGACGGAGGUAGAAGACCUCGGAACCACCAUCAUGGCGGCAAAUGUGCUAGCGGCUGCAGCGCUUCCCUGCGAGUGACGUCAUGUGAAUAAACCCUGUACUCUUUGUUGCACAAAAUUAUUUUUGAAGAAAAGUCCUUGAAUAAAGAUGGCGGUAUAAGACCAGCUGCA